CCUCUCUCAACAAUGAACCCUGCUCGCAAAGAACGCAAGUUCAGAAUCCUUGAAAAAUCUCUUCACACUACUAUAUACAACAAUAUCAGACUAAAGCACCGGAAGCAUACAUUAGGAAAAGAAUGGGGGUUUGAGUACAUGAAUUUUAUGAAUUUCAGCAAAGAAUUUAAGGAGGUUAUAAAUGCCAACGUGCAAUGAUGCAUCGUUAAGGAUUUUGUAAUGGUUCUGAAUACAGAGAAGAGCAGUAUAUCUAAUCCAUGGUAUCCUUUCACUAAAACCCUCUCUUCUAACUCAACCUACACAUACCUCAAAACUACAAUCCCAUCUUCCACCCACCAGCUCUCUCUCAAACCCUUCUUCGGUCACCAAUCUCUAAUCCACUCCCACAUCCCCCUCCUCCCCCUCCUCCUUCCCAAGGCCACUCGCACGGUCACCAUUUCUUACUUCACAUUUGAUUCAAAAUCCCUCGCUCUCACAUUCACCUCCAUAUCCUCCCUCAAAACUCUCUGCUUCGCAAACUGAAUAUUUCCUUCAGACCCACAGUACCCGAAAACGGUGUGUCUGAAGUCUGAUUGAUACUUAGACAAAGUCUCAAUCGAUAGUUAUAGACUUAACUUGACUCAAGACGCUCGCACCAAUGUAAAGAGUGCUCUGUCUACAUUGGUGAAAUGAGGAGCCGACCAGAAGUUGAAGAAGUUAAUACUGAAGACAACUGAGGUAGAGACUGAGGAUUUACACUGGAUUGGUCAAGGAAGAUUUGAAGUAGUGAAGAAGAGAGAAUGUGUUAUCCUGGAGUUUUAUAAGGACAGUUGGAUUCGAGGGUAA